UGAGAGUUGCCAGACUAUGUUUAAACUUCUGGUUCUAGUCAGCCAACUGCCUGUAGUUACCUUCGCAUUUCCUCAUUACACAAGAGGUCCUAAGGAUUCUAAGCAUGCGAAAAAAGAAGUCUUUACUUCAAAAGAAGAAGCAAACUUUUUCAUACAUCGACGCCUGCUGUAUAACAGAUUUGAUUUGGAACUCGUCACUCCUGGAAACCUAGAAAGAGAGUGCACAGAAGAACUUUGCAAUUAUGAGGAAGCUAGAGAAAUUUUUGUGGAUGAAGAUAAAACGAUGAUAUUUUGGCAGGAAUAUUCGAUAAAAGGACCAGCAUCAAAAUCAAAUGGUAACAGAGAGAAAAUUGAUGUUAUGGGCCUUUUGACUGGAUUAAUUGCUGCAGGAAUAUUUUUGGUUAUUUUUGGAUUACUUGGCUAUAAUCUUUGCAUCGCUAAGUGUAAGAGACAACAUUAUCCAAGUUCUUCAGCUGUCUAUGUAAGAAGAAGUAGGCACAGGCCCUCCAUUGUUUUCAGAAGACCCGAGGAGGCUGUGUUGUCUCCAUUGCCACCUUCUGUGGAGGACACAGGAUUACCUUCUUAUGAACAAGCAGUGGCACUGACCAGAAAACACAGUGUCUCGCCACCACCACCAUAUCCUGGCCCAGCAAAAGGAUUUAGGGUGUUUAAAAAAUCCAUGUCACUCCCAUCUCACUAAGGCCAUCUUGCCAUCUUGUUGUAUAGGAGAUGUGUUACUUAA